UCGCAACCAGCUUCUGCAAACAACAAUGUCGCUUUCGGAUUCGGAGACAUCUAACAGCAACACGCCUGAGUACAAGCCGUUCAAGCAAAUCAGCCACGAUCGGUUAUUGUAUGAAAUGCUUAGAUCAGCAAAGUCAGGGGAUUCGAAAGCAUGGAAGGUGCUCAUAAUGGACAAGGUCACAGUUAAAGUAAUGUCACAUUCAUGCAAAAUGGCGGAUAUCACAGACCAAGACGUUUCUUUGGUGGAAGACCUUUUUCGGAGAAGGCAGCCAUUACCAUCUAUGGAUGCUGUUUAUUUCAUCCAGCCUACAAAAGAGAAUGUGGUCAUGUUCUUGUCUGACAUGUCUGGAAGGGAGCCCCUAUACAGAAAAGCGUAUGUAUUUUUCAGUCACCCAAUCCCUAAGGAACUUGUAAACCAUAUCAAGUGUGAUACAAGUGUUUUACCCCGCAUAGGGGCCUUGAGAGAGAUGAAUUUGGAAUAUUUUCCUAUAGAUAGUCAGGCGUUUAUCACCGAUCAUGAGACAGCAUUGCAAGAACUUUAUGGCAAGAUGGAGAAUACUCGCAAAUUCAAUGCAUGCUUGAACAGUAUGGCAACUCGACUAGCUACAGUUUUCGCUUCAAUGAAGGAGUUUCCAUAUGUGAGGUAUCGCUCUGUCAAGGCAACUGAUGAUUAUACACCAACAGAUCGUGAUUUAGUACCUACCAAGCUAGCAGAUGCUGUUUGGGACUUGAUUACUAAAUAUAAAACAACUAUUCCCAACUUUCCACAAAGCGAAACCUGCGACCUUAUCAUUGUUGAUAGGUCCAUAGACCAGAUUGCUCCUGUCAUUCAUGAAUGGACGUAUGAUGCUAUGUGCCAUGAUUUGUUGACUUUGGAUGGAAAUAAAUAUGUUCAAGAGAUUCCCAGCAAAUCAGGAGGCCCACCUGAGACAAAAGAGUUCAUUUUAGAUGAAAAUGAUUCAGUCUGGGCUGAACUUCGCAAUACACAUAUAGCAGAUGCUAGUGAAAGAUUGCAUGACAAGUUUACCAACUUCGUGCAAAAGAACAAAGCUGCCCAACUCCAUGGAAGAGAUGGUAAUGAAUUAUCUACACGUGACUUGCAAAAAAUGGUUCAAGCCUUGCCUCAGUACACUGAGCAAAUGGAAAAGAUUUCGCUCCAUGUGGAGAUAGCUGGAAAGAUCAAUACAAUUAUAAGAGAAAAUGAGCUUCGAGAUCUAGGACAAUUAGAGCAAGAUCUUGUAUUUGGGGAUGCUGGAGCAAAGGAAGUUAUCAACUAUCUUCUAAAAAAGCAGGAUCUAAGUCCGGAAUAUAAAUUGCGCUUGUUGAUGAUUUAUGCAAUUGUCUAUCCUGAUAAGUUCGAGGGUGAUAAAGCCACAAAACUAAUGCAGUUGGCAAAAUUAUCACCCGAUGACAUGAAAGUAAUUAGUAAUGUGCAAUUACUUGCGGGAUCAGCAAACAAGAAGUCGACUACCAGCAGCAGUGGUUUCUCACUCAAAUUCAGUAAUCAUCAAAAGACAAAACAAGCAGCACGAAAAGAUCGUUCUGACGAGGAAGAAGAAACAUGGCAACUAGUUCGAUUUUUUCCCAUGAUAGAGGAGAUCAUUGAAGAUCUCAAUAAGGGGCAGUUAUCAAAGAAUGAUUAUUCAUGCAAAAAUGAACCAGCCCCUGUUCCCAAACAGGCUCCUGUUGGAACCAACCAACGCACCGCGGCAGCUGCAACUACUGGCGGACCCAAAUCAAGGAGGACCGCAAACUGGGCACGUCGAGGAUCAGACGAUGGAUAUUCAAGUGACUCCACUUUGAAGAACACCGGCGGUGCUGAUUUCAAGAAGAUGGGAAAGCGAAUCUUUGUGUUUAUGAUUGGUGGAGCUACUCGAUCUGAGCUACGAGUUUGCCACAAGUUGACAACAAAACUCAAAAGAGAAAUAAUCUUAGGUACUUCUUGCAUGGAUGAUCCUCCACAAUAUCUUACGAAACUGAAGCUAUUGUUAGAGGAUAUUCCUACACUGAAUGGUCUCGGGAUAUAAGUAAUUAUCUAUGAAGAUUGCCGGCAGGAAGUUAAAACAGUUUGGCUAUACUUUUGUAUCCCUAAACUUAUAGAUAGCUAGUGACCUAGCUAGUGUAUGUCCUCAUGACAAAGGCACCCAAUUUUUAUUUUAUUUAUUCUAUUUAUUUUUUUACCUUAUACAAACUUUACCUCCCACCACUUGGUAUAUAAAUAUAUAUU